AAUAUGAUAGUAACAGGAAGCCAGCUGAUGUGAGAAAAUAAGACGAAAAUAGUAAUAUAAAUGACGUCUUAGCUUCUGGGGGCAGUAAAUGAGAGAAACACAAAGCUGAGGUGAUAGAAACAUGUUAGGAAGUAAUGAAGAGGCUGGUAACUAAGCAAUACUAACCUGGGUGCGUUGAUACACGAUACAAGAUAAGAAGACACAAAGAAUGGAGGCUUCAGAAGUGAACAGAUUCCUGGAGGGGCGGAUCACCUUUGCCCGGGAGGAAGGUGGACUAAAGAUAUACCACAUUCUCCCAUGGCAAGAAAGGGAGGACAGAGAGAGAGGCUUCCGAGCAUUCAGCAUUGGGGAGCCGUCAGAGCAGCCCAGCCGGUGUGUGUUGCUGCUGGGGGAGACUGGAGCUGGCAAGACCACCUUCAUCAAUGCUGCCAUCAACCACCUCCUGGGAGUGAGAGUGGAGGACCCCUUCCGCCUACAGUUGAAGGAGGAGACAGGAGAUGAUAGGAUGGAGACAGAGAGCCAGACAGACCUGAUCACCGCCUACACAGUGUACUACAGAGAGGGGAUGAAGCACAGGUACAACUUUGUGCUCAUUGACACCCCUGGCCUGGCAGACACGAGGGGCCAGCAGCAGCAGAGUGACACAAGGAACCGUCUGGAGGCAUUUCUCACAUCAGACUUUGGGGUGGAUGACUUGCACUGUGUUGGGCUGGUUGCUAAGGGAAAUACAAAUAGAGAUUUUGAUUCCCAGAAGACUUUGCUUAAGGAAAUUAUUUCACUUUUAGGGGAUACUGUUCCUGAAAUCACUCAUGUUUUUGCAACUUUUGCUGUUGAUAAGCCUAUUGUAGAUGUUGUUAUGAAAAAUGCUGGAGUUUCUUUCAAAAGCAUAUUUGAGUUUGAUAACGGUGUCCUUUUCUGCCUCCAAACACUGCACACUAUGGUUCCCUUGAGAUGGAAUGUCAUGAGUACCCAGUAUGAAACCUUCAUUGAUGCACUGAUCAAUGCCCCAGCUGUAAGUGUUAACAUCCUUAGAGAAAGGAAACUCUUCGACACAUGUAAGAAGAAUCUUAAAGAAAAGAUUGAAAAACUGGCCACUUCAAUAGCAGCGAUGGAAAUUGAUAAGAGAAUAUAUAUCAAGUAUGAGCUACAAGAAGCUAAGAAUGAGGGAUGGCUGCAGGAGGAAACCAUUGAGAAGAAGAUAUCAGUAGACCUUGAAGAUGGCAUGCAUGCACACAACUGUCACACGUGCCAGCAAACGUGCAUCUUUCCCUGCUACAACAGCUCUGGCAGCGGCAUUCUGGCCGGCCUGGCUGGUGGGGCAGGCGGGACAGCUGCUGGUGCUGUGAUAGGUAACCUCACAACUAAUGUGAUAACAGCCGCUGCCGCCCGUGCUGCAUCAGCCAGGGGCCUUGCAGCAUCAGUGGGAAACAUGGCAGUGCGUACGCUUGGUGGAGCAAUUACAGCAUCAGAGGUGGGAGCUGUGGGAGCUGCUGGCACCUCGGCCUCCCUUGCCAUUGGUGGUGUGCUGGGCAUUGCCGUGGGACUGUUUACCGAGGCCAUGUUUAGCAAGAUGACAAGCUCAUGUGGCGUCGCGGCCGUUGACAAUGUGUGUAGUAAGGAUGGCUGCACACAUCCUCUGCCACAGCACGUUAAAGAAGAAAGAAUUAUUGUCAGAGAAAGUGAAGUGAAUAAGAAAAUUGAUAAAGAUAUGAAAGAACUUUAUGAUGUAGCCACCUCAAAGAAGCUGGAUGCAAACGCUAAGAUUAUUAAUGGUAGACAAAAGAUAUUGGCCUACAGGAGAAGUAUUUCUCAUAUCACUGUAGAGCUGAUGUAUCAUGCAAAGAGGUUAGAAGAGCUCACCUCACAGCAUUCUGACUACAUAGAAGAUGUGACUAGUCAGCUUAUCGGUGAAGUCAGACUAGGUGAACCUAACAUUAUUCCUUGUGCUGUGAAACAUAUUAACAUUUUAAAGAAAGCUAUGCAAAAACUUACAGAAUAUCCAGCUAACCAUGUCCUUGGUAAACAUGAACUUGUAGAGGAGAUGUUAGUAAGUAUGUACAGAGAUCACUAACAGACAAAUAGGUAUUGCCAGAACCAAGCUUUAAAUACUGAAUAGAGACAGACACUCCAGUAAGCAGCAGCAGCAGCAACCUCACACUGGAGGUGUGUGUGAGUGGUAUCUCUUAAAGGCAGUCAUCAUUAACCUGGCAAGGCAUCUGUUCUGUAGUGUAGCUUACUGGUGAAAGGUCACAAAACUCAUCUUGGAAGUCAGUUUUCAUGACAGUUUCAUGGUGAGAGACACCACUCUCUUUAACCCUAGCAGAGCUACACAGUGGUCAUAGCUAUACAGUUUGCUGAAUCACUUAUGAACAUUUUAUGUUGGGAUGUAUAUUAUAUAUUAAUAAAACAACUUUCUGA